AUGGCUUUCAUUCUGCUGCAGAAUCUUGGGCUUACUCAUGAGCCCUCUCUUGAGAUUCCUUCAGGCAAAACAUCGAAUUCUGAUCCAGGUGCCGAGUCCCAACAUGACAUACAUGCACCCUCAUUGGCCCUUCAACCAAGCAGGCCCUCCAUUCAUGCAGAACCAGAGUCCUCUCCCUCCACCAAUCCUCAUGCCAUCGAUGCUCAUAAUUCAUCAUCUGUUGAGCCCGUUGCCCCUACGAACACCAUUUAUCUGGUAUUUUCAAGCCCAAUAUACAAAAUUAUUUUGCUACUAAGUACUCGCUUCCUCUUGCCUUCACAACUAUGUUGGACUGAUAUGGAACCUGUGUGCUACACUCAAGCCUCUCGAUCUCCUUAUUGGCAACAAGCUAUGGUUGAAGAGUUUAAUUCCCUUAUUAAGCAAGGCACUUGGACUUCGGUUCCACCUCCACCCCAAGUCAACAUAGUUGGAUGUAAAUGGGUUUUCAAAAUCAAACGUCAUUUCUGA